UCGCCAUUGUACCGUGAUUGCUGUAAAGUUUCGUGUUUAUGAGUGGGAAUUGAUCCGGUUUACCGAGUUCUGGAAUUCUUCCACGCAUUGGGAAACUUUCAAUCACUGGGAGGUCGUCACGACUGGGAAGAUAGCUGGUAGCUCCGAAGGGUUCCUUGCCGAUCCAUCGCGGAGGUUCCAGCCGCGUGCACACCAUUAUCGAAAGAAUGAAGAGAGAAGCUGAUGCAGGCGCUAUGACAGGCUCCGGAGGACCGACUAGUCCUCACAAGCGUUACAGACAGGGUGACGAGGAACUUCGUCUACUGAUCCCCAGCAAGGUAGCCGGUUCGAUAAUCGGCAAAGGUGGCCAGAAUAUCACCAAACUGAGGAGUCAGUACAAAGCCUCAAUCAUUGUACCCGAUUGCCCCGGACCCGAACGGGUGCUUACCAUCAGCUCGGAUCUGACCACCGUUCUUCAGGUGUUGAACGAGGUCGUACCUAAUCUCGAGGAGAAUGGAUCCCGACACGGCAGCGAUGAGAUCGACGUGCGCAUGUUGGUGCAUCAGAGCCAAGCUGGAUGCAUCAUCGGCAAAGGAGGCCUAAAGAUCAAGGAGCUUCGCGAGAAAACCGGUGCGAGGAUCAAGAUCUAUUCGCACUGCUGCCCCCACAGCACCGACCGGCUAAUCAGCAUCUGCGGAAAGCCGACUACUUGCAUCGAGUGCAUCCGCGAGUUGAUCGCCACCAUUAAAACUUCGCCUCUGAAAGGUGUGAACAACCCCUACGAUCCCCAUAACUUCGACGACUAUUACGCGGACGAUUACGGUGGCUAUGGAACCGGCGACAUCGGCCAGGGCAAAGGCGGCGGUUUCGGGGGGCCAGGAGGCCGAGGCGGUGGCGGUGGAGGCGCCGGCGGCGGCGGCGGCGGUGGCGGCGGUGGCGGUGGAGGUAUGCCACCGAGACGCGACAACCGCGGCGGCGGACCAGGCGAUAUGAACCGCGGCUUUCCGCCCCCGCCGAGGGGAGGCCCUCGUGGCGGUGGUGGCGGAGGUGGUGGGAUGUCCGGUGGACCACCUGAUCGCGGCUACGGAGGUAAUCGUGGCAGCGGUGGCGGUGGUGGAGGCAGUUUCGAGGGCGGACGAGGUGGUUACGGAGGGAACAGAGGUGGCCCGCCGCCGUAUGGAGGUGGAAAUUACAACGGAGACGGUUGGGGUAUACAAGGAGGAGGAGCACCAAAUGGUUUAGGUGGCGGUGGUAAUUCCGGAAUGAGUGGCCCACCUAUUGGUGGGAAUAAUCAGGGAAAUCAAGGAAACAUGGGUGGUAACAAGACCAGCACCCAGGUCACCAUUCCCAAAGACCUUGCCGGCGCCAUUAUCGGCAAGGGAGGCGCCAGGAUCCGGAAAAUCAGAUCGGACAGCGGUGCCGGGAUUACUAUAGACGAGCCGUUGACCGGUAGUAACGAUCGUAUCAUCACCAUUACCGGAUUACCCAGUCAGAUACAAAUGGCCCAGUACCUGCUCCAGCAGAGCGUGCACGAGAAUGCAGACCAUUAUUAAGACAUGGGAGGAAAGAAGCAUUCGGGGGGAGCCAAAGAUGCGUUUGUAAUUUUUUUAGGGAUACUUCGCGAACGGGCAAGCAUAUUCGCGCGAAAACAAGUGGGAACUGAAACCAUACAAUGAACACAGAACUCUUCACCCGCGUCGAGGAGCCGGGAGCAGCAAAUGCUCUUCACGCGUAGCCAGAUGAACAAAAAGCCUCUCUCAGGAAGAAACGUCGACCAGACUCCGUCGACCAGGAGAGAUUUAUUACUUUCCAUUCGAUUCGACGAACCCAUCGACGCAACCAAGAAAAACAAAAGCAGGAUAUCACACUCCGCGCCUGUCUCUUUUUGAGAAUCUACGGUCCUCGUCCAAGAAAAAGGCCAAAGAAAAAAAAAAGAAGGCACUGUUCGCACGCUUAAAAAAAUCGUUCUCGCGUAUGCGCGCGCGUUUCACUUACUUAUCUUUUUUUCCCUAUAUUUUUGAUCGUUUUGUACCGCGUAUAACUUUAGUCGACGGCUCCGGACGAGCUUUGAUAAUCACUUUAUCCCCUUUACUUCCCCCCCCCCCUCGCGUUUAUUAUUUUUUGUUUCCCCUUUUUAAUCGGAGGAUCCUCGACGCCGUUGAAUCGACGGUCCUCCUGAGUGACGACUUUUAAAGCGCACACAUCAUUGUCUAGUAUUUCGCU